UUAAAACACAAUUUUAAUAUUUACAUGUAUUUUCUGUUUAUUUUCUUAGGAUGGCUGGCUGUGGUGAAAUUGAUCACUCAGUAAACAUGCUUCCCACAAACAGGAAAACAAAUGAGCCCUGUUCUAAUACUGCACCUUCUCUAACUGUCCCUGAAUGUGCCAUUUGUCUGCAGACAUGUGUCCACCCAGUUAGUCUGCCUUGUAAGCAUGUUUUCUGCUAUCUGUGUGUAAAGGGAGCGUCAUGGCUUGGAAAACGCUGUGCCCUCUGUCGACAAGAAAUUCCUGAGGAUUUCCUUGACAAGCCAACUUUGUUAUCACCUGAAGAACUCAAGGCGGCUAGUAGAGGAAACGGAGAAUAUGCAUGGUAUUACGAAGGAAGAAAUGGGUGGUGGCAGUAUGAUGAACGCACUAGUAGAGAGCUGGAAGAUGCUUUUUCCAAAGGUAAAAAGAGCACUGAAAUGUUAAUUGCUAGGUUUCUAUAUGUUGCUGAUCUUGAAAAUAUGGUUCAGUAUAGGAGAAAUGAACAUGGACGUCGCAGGAAGAUUAAACGGGACAUAAUUGAUAUACCAAAGAAGGGAGUAGCCGGACUUAGGCUGGACUGUGACUCUACUACUGUAAACCUAGCACGAGAGAGCUCUGCUGAUGGAGCGGACAAUGUAUCAGCACAGAAUGGAACUUCUGUCCAGCCUCUAGUGUCAUCUUCUGUGAGGCCCCUCACGUCAGUAGAUGGUCAGUUAACAAGCCCUGCAACACCAUCCCCUGAUGCAAGCACUUCUCUGGAAGACUCUCUUGCUCAUUUACAGCUCAGUGGAGACAGCACAGCUGAAAGGAGUCACAGAGGGGAAGGAGAAGAUCAUGAAUCACUAUCUUCAGGCAGGGUACCAGCACCAGAUACCUCCAUCGAAGAAACUGAAUCAGAUGCCAGUAGUGAUAGUGAAGAUGUAUCUGCACUUGUGGCACAGCACUCUCUGACCCAACAGAGACUUUUGGUUUCUAAUGCAAAUCAGACAGUAUCAGAUCGAUCUGGGACUGAUGGAUCAGUAGCAGGGGGUGGAACAGUCAGUGUCAGAUCUAGAAGACCUGAUGGACAGUGCACAAUAACUGAAGUUUAAAUAAAAGUCUUCAGCCCAUGCUCAAGGUUGGAAUGGUUCCCUGUAAAUUUCUGCUGACGUAGCAUUAUACUCAUCCCUAGUAGUGCAUUGUGGGGGUGGGAAAGGGGUAUGGGAAGGAUAACCUGUAAUUAAAAUGUCUAACACAUCUCUGAUGAGAGAUUUAUUUAAUGUAAGGGACUUGGGUGUGAAUAGUUGAUAACUGUUUAGUAAUAACCAAGUUUUCUUGAGGUCUGUUUAUAGUUUUUUACUUAAUUUCUUUAGUUCUUUUGGCCAGUGUGUAUAUUACCUGUGCAUUAACAGUCCUCAUCGAUUCUUGCAUUGUCUUAUUUUUCUGCAUGGAUUGACAAAAUCAUUACUAAAAUUGGACGCCUAUGAGAUGUCUGGUAUCAGUAUGAGCAGGACGCGAAUUAAUGUGAGAAUACAUGUGAAUUUGGAAUUUUAAAAUAGAAUAACAACCAUUUUGUAGUUUCAGAAAUGGAUAUGUAAACAAAACAGCAAAUAUGUUCCAGAAUCUUCUCUGUAACACACUUCAUUGUGUUUCCAUAGCCUUUGCUAAGUCCUCGUAGUUUAAGGUUUUUCCCUUGACCCACAUUUCUUUUUGGUGACAAAAUUUAUAAUUUAAUAAAUACUACUGUUUA